AAACUUUGCCUCCUCCGCGCAGCAGUAAUUCUCUCUCUCUCUCUCUCUCUCUCUCUGGAUCUCUCUCGACUUGUUUUUAAGGGAAAACUCAGAGCAGCUUCUACGCUCUGUCCUGCGUACCAUCUCUUGCAUGCCUCACGCGGUACUCAUACUACUUAUAUAAACUUCCUACUUUGGUCAUGCAAAACCCAUCUCUUCCUUCGUAUCUCUCUUCUGCAAUUUCUCUGUCUUCUUUAGCUACAGCCGAGUAAGGACUCUCGCUUUUCGGUGUGUACGUAAUAACAUGGUGAGACUGGCGGAUCAAUAUGAGCGUGCGUUCCGGUGCUUUGAUGAGGAUGGAGACGGCAAGCUUUCGCCUUCGGAGCUGAGGCAGCACGUGCGCUUGAUGGGUGGAGAGCUGCUCCUGAAAGAAGCGGAGGUUGCGGUCGAGUCGCUGGACUCGGAUGGUGACGGCCUCUUGUGCUUGGAGGACUUCAUCGGGUUCAUGGAAGGUGGCGGCGAGGAAGAGAAGAUGGGCGACUUGCGAGAGGCUUUCGGGAUGUACGUGAUGGACGGGUGCGGGUUCAUCACGCCGAAGAGCCUCAAGACGAUGCUCUCUAGGCUGGGGCAAUCCAAGAGCGUGGAUGAGUGCGAGGCCAUGAUAGGUCACUUCGAUCUCGAUGGAGAUGGUUUGAUCAGCUUCGAUGAAUUUAAGGUCAUGAUGAUGUAGAGAUUUCAUUGUACAUAAAAUUGAAUUAUUGUUUGAUUUCAUAUGGACCAUUCCUUCUUA